UCUCGGCGCGCGAAGUCAGACGACAGGCAGCAUUUGCUGACGUAGAAUUGUUUAUCAAGAUUCACAGCCUGGGUUGUUGCCGAAACCAAUGACUUGCGCAUAGUUUAGGCCAAAGUUCCAAUUGGCAGUUCCACAUCCCUGACCACGCCUCAAGAAUCUGAUAUCCCACCUGCCUUUCUCCACUUGAUGUGUUUAGAGAUGGGCGAUUAUGUGGUGGAAUGUCAGCAUCCAGCGUGGAUUUCAUUCGAUCCAUACCAGUUACGGCUGCUCUGGUGCGCCCUCUGCAAUUUCUAUUCCCCGGAGGUGUUGGUGGAUCUACUCCGCGAUGUGAGCGGGAAUCGUCAUCCUUUUGUGCCCGUGCUUCUCCUAUCAAUAUGCUGACUCCUGUGAAGACUCUUGCAAUCUUGUUUAAGCCAGACCUCCCUUGUCAAUACCUCCGAAGACGGGGACAGCGGGCAUCAACGUAUGGCUCGUUCAUUGUGGACACAAGCACCACUGCCAGGACACCCUAUUUUCCGACUGCUUCAGGUGGACUUGGAGAUGUCUACGCAUGCAUAUUGAACAGGGGCACGGGGCUGGAAGAAGUUGCGGUCAAGUCUCCACGGUUCCCAAGUCUCGCAGACGCCGACGUUGCCAGAAUAAAUCAUAAUCUUGACCGCGAAAUCAAGGUCUGGACCAGAUUAAACCAUCGGUAUGUAUUGCGCCUGUAUGGCACCGUAACAGGUUUUGGUCCAUUUCGAGCAUUGGUAUCCCCCUGGAUGGAGAAUGGGACAUUGAGCUCCUAUCUUACUGGUGAAGGUAGAACUCUGACCACAAUGGCUAGGCUUCGCAUUCUCAAACAGAUCACCGAAGGGCUCAAAUAUCUCCACGACAAAAACGUCAUUCAUGGCGAUCUGACUAGUAACAAUGUCCUAAUUGCUGCCGAUGGAUCCCCACGCCUUGCAGACUUCGGUGUUUCGAAUAUCAUGGUGAAAUCUAACCCGGCAUUCUCCUACCAAACUGGUGCGGUUCGUUGGGCAGCUCCAGAGCUCAUCGUCCUCCCGGAAGGUCAAACCGUGCAAUUUGCCACCCAAUCUAGUGAUAUAUAUGCUCUUGGGUGUAUCAUACUUCAGGUGUUGUACGACAAACUACCCUACUGGUGGAUCAAGACUGCUCUGCAAGUCAUGUCAUCAAAGUUCAAAAACCAAGAGCCCAUUAAUAACACCAUACAAAUCCAAGCACAUCAUCUAAAUUUCAUGCGGCGGUGCUGGUCAAUCAAGAGCGAGAAUCGUCCAUCAGUGAAGGAGGUACUGGACUUUCUCGAGAGAGGUAUCUCUACCGAAGCAUCUACAUAAUGUUGCCGUUCGGAAUUGGUUCAUUCUUGUCUUUUUCAUUCUAGCUGCCUCGCUGGCAUAGCAUAAUGUCGAAGUAUAAUAUAGGAUCGCAUAUCCGCUGGCUCGGUACCUCAUGGCGAUGCUAUUGUCCGUAGAAUCAUACAGCUCAUACAUACUAGUCCAUUGUAGAAUCAAAAUCCAUUACUCUGCUACUAGUACAACUUCAUAAAAGACCUCCGAGUCUGCAUGCACAGCAAGUUAUGCUUUAGCUGCAUGACAAAAUGCUAUAAGCAUUGGGCACCUGGG